AUGUCCGAAAUAUUGACACUAUUUGCUACGAUAUUCCUGUAUGGCGCGUGGAAAGUUCUGCGCAACUACUUCGUCCCGUCCGUUCUGGACAACAUCCCGGGACCCAAAUCGACGUCGGUGAUCACAGGGAACGCUGCGCAGUUGUUCGAUCGCGACAAUGCAGCGUUUUUGCAGAUGCUCAAGAAUACAUACGGGCCGAUAUCCAUGAUCCACGCAUUCCUUGGUACCAGGUGGUUGCACGUUUACGAUGUCAAGGCAAUGCACACCAUACUCGUGAAGGACCAGGAGCUAUACAACAGGAGCGACGCCGGUAACACGGCCACCCAUCUCAUCUUGGGCCCCGGACUGCUCGCAACAGAAGGCCUGCGGCAUAAGCGCCAGCGGAAGAUGCUGAACCCCGUAUUUUCCGCUGCGCACAUGCGGAACAUGACGCCAUUCUUCCACGAGGUCGUCGGCAAGCUGCGCGAGGCUAUCGACAACCGUGUAGCGGCGGGCGCAAAAGAGAUUGACAUCACGGGAUGGAUGGGCCGCACGGCGCUCGAGCUCGUCGGUCAGGGCGGGCUUGGGCACUCGUUCGACCCCCUCACGGAGGAGACUAGCGACGAGUACACCGAGGCGGUUAAGGCGCUCGUGUGCGUCUUCGUUUUCUCUUUGCCAGACACAAGAAAUAUCGUCUUGCCCUUCGUCAAGUACAUGGGUCCUGCAUGGCUGCGCCGCAAGAUGCUUGACCUUGUCCCGAUCCCGAAUGUUCAGCGCAUGAAGCACAUCACCGACUUGAUGCAUGAGCGGUCGAUCCAGAUUUUUAAUGAGCGGAAGGCGGCGGCACUGCGCGGGGAAGAGUCUAUGUUGAAUCAGGUCGCUGGGGGCAAGGAUGUCAUGAGCGUUUUGCUCAAGGCUAACUUGGAGGCGGAUGACGAGGACAGGCUUCCGGAGGAAGAGCUGAUCGCACAGAUGUCUACUUUUAUCCUCGCGGGAGUGGACACAACCUCGAACGCUUUGGCUCGUAUCCUCCACCUUCUAGCACUGCACCCCGAUGUCCAGGACAAGCUGCGUGCAGAGCUAGUCGAAGCUCAGGCGCAGUACGGCGAGAAGAUGCCCUACAAUGAGCUGUCCCAGCUCCCCUACAUGGACGCCGUAUGCCGUGAGACGAUGCGCAUCCACACCCCCGUCUCUUUCGUCCUGCGAGAGGCCCUCGAGGACACGAAAAUCCCCGUCACGGAGCCAAUCCGAGGGCUCGACGACACGCUGAUCACAGAGAUCGCUGUACCAAAGGGCACAUUCAUCUUCCUCAACUCGCUCGCGUGCAACGGAAACAAGGCGCUGUGGGGCGAGGACGCGGACGAAUGGAAGCCGGAGCGCUGGCUCGCGCCGCUUCCGCGCGAGCUCGAGGAGGCGCGGAUUCGGGGAUUUACGCGAAUCUGUACGUACCUUGCCGCGAAUUUGUUUUGGAGCGGCUUCAAAUUCUCGCAGCUGGAAAUGAAGGUAGUCCUCUCGACCCUGGUGCGAUCCUUUAAGUUCGACGUACCCGAGAAGCCGAUCACUUGGAACUUCAGCGGAGUCAACUUCCCGACGAUGGACGGCCCGGACAAGGCGAAGCCGGAGAUGUUCCUGAAGAUCCAGCGCGUCGAGGAAUGA